UUGCGGACGUACUCCAUUAUUUUAGAGAUUUUCUUCAAGUCUCAACCAAGUGUUUUAAAUAGAUCAGCAAAAUUCGCGUGAAGGAUGGAACGCUGGGCGAUCUAUUCCCUGUCCGCUAAAAAAUAUGAAGCCAUUCCUGCACAAAUAUCUUCGAAAGUGUAUGCCGCCGUCAAAGCUUCAUCGUCAGAAAGCCAUGCCGCAUCUAAAGACAUAUGCUCGCUUCAAUCGAACGUCGGCGAUGGCGAAGGAGGCCUUGACUAUGCUAUGGUCAGAAGUUCAAAUUUAAGCAAAGCUGCGUGAGAUUCUUUUCAAAAGAACAAGACUCAGUUCAUGAUCCGGUCGUACGAGCUCGGUAUC